AUGGGGCCCCCGGAGAGCGCCGGGGACGCGGCCGACUUGGAGGAGUCGGGGCUGCCGCUGACGGACUACGCGCCGCCCCGGGAGGCGGACGGCGAGCGGGUGGACGCCGAGGCGGCGGACGCCCCCGGGAGCCGCAGGUGCUGGCUCUGCCGUUCCUUGCGGUGCGGCUCGAGCUCGGAGCCCGAAGCCAAGAAGAAAGCACCCUGUCCUGGACUUGGCUUGUUUUACACAUUAUUGUCUGCCUUCCUUUUCUCAGUGGCCUCUUUAUUUGUUAAAAAAGUGCAAGACGUCCAUGCUGUAGAAAUUAGUGCAUUUCGAUGUGUGUUCCAAAUGCUAGUUAUUAUCCCUUGCUUAAUAUACAGAAAGACUGGUUUUAUAGGCCCCAAAGGUCAGCGACUUUUCCUCCUUCUCAGAGGAAUACUUGGUUCUACUGCCAUGAUCCUUAUGUACUAUGCUUUCCAGACAACAUCCCUCGCAGAUGCCACAGUCAUCGCCUUUAGCUGUCCAGUGUUUACAUCGCUAUUUGCUUGCCUAUUUCUCAAGGAAAAGUAUAGCCUUUGGGAUGCUUUCUUCAUCUUGUUCACCAUCACUGGAGUGAUCCUUAUUGUGAGGCCACCAUUUUUGUUUGGUUCCAUUACUACAGCGGUGGAAAAAAACUACUCCGACCACCUUAAAGGGACAUUUGCAGCCAUUGGACACGCUGUGCUGGCAGCGAUGACUCUAGUUAUCCUGAGGAAAAUGGGAAAAUCUGUGGACUACUUUCUCAGCAUUUGGUAUUAUGUCAUCCUUGGCCUUCUUGAAAGCACAGUUGUCCUCUUUAUAACUGGGGAGUGGAGUCUGCCUAACUGUGGGUUGGACAGGUUGUUUCUCAUACUCAUUGGGCUCCUAGGUUUGGGGGGUCAGAUAUUUAUCACAAAAGCAGUCCAAAUAGAAAAAGCAGGACCUGUAGCAAUGAUGAAGACAAUGGAUGUGGUCUUCGCUUUCAUCUUUCAGAUUAUUUUCUUCAAUGAUGUGCCCACCUGGUGGACAGUGGGUGGUGCUCUAUGUGUAGUAGCCAGUAGUACUGGAGCAGUCCUUCGUAAGUGGUUACAGAGUUCCAAAUGAAUCAUCUUGGUUGAGAUCUAGAGAUUUUUUUCCAAGUACACCAUCAUUCAGUUUAGACACACACACAUGCACCUGAAAAGUCUGCAUUUAUUCAUUGAUGUUUAAGUAAUUGUAUAAACUACCAUUUUUUAAUAUGGUAUGUGUUCAAUUAGAAGAAUAACCAGUCUGUUUGAUCUAGAAAAUGUUUUGGGUAGCUUUUGUUUUUGCUUUGGUUUUCUUUUUAUGUUGUGAGGCAUAAGCAAGGGAAGUGCUCAUCUGAAGACUGCAACAUUUUUAUGACUUUAAAUGUAUUUUUAA